CUUUGUUGACGUUCUGUCUUCCGCAGCGAAACGGCGGUUGAUGCUGACGAUAGAUUCAUGAAUAGGCUUUUCUUCAACACAACAAUCAUUCGAUCAUUUCAAUCGUCCGGAACCGCUUUCUUUUGCCUGGUUCGGCCUACACAAGCACGACAUCUCUCGAUUAUGCCUGCUGCAAAGGACUCCCCCACGAUUAAAGUAUUGAUGCUUCAUGGCUACACUCAGAGCGGACCACUGUUCCACGCGAAGACGCGGGCCAUGGAGAAACACCUGCAAAAGGCCUUUCCCGGACUUUCUUUGAGCUAUCCUACAGGCCCCGUACAGCUUAGGCCAAAAGACGUGCCCGGUUAUGAUCCAACGUCAAGUGACGAUCCUGACAGCGUUGAAGCAUACGGAUGGUGGCGUCGUUCGGACACAUCGGAUCCGCCAGAGUAUGUUCGGUUGGAGGAUGGUCUAGAAACUAUCGCCAAGGUCCUCGAGACCGAAGGCCCUUUUGACGGGGUGAUCGGAUUUUCACAAGGCGCAGCGAUGGCCACCAUGGUGGCCUCUUUGCUAGAGGGCGAAUCUCGAAAAAAAGCAUUCGAACAGGCAAGGUCGAAAUCACCACUGGCAAUUCCUUACCCUAUGUCAUUCGAGCGUCUCAAUCACCCGCCUCUCAAAUUCGGCGCGGCAUAUUGUGGGUUCAGAGCGCCGGGCGAGAGAUACAGAGGUUUCUACGAGGCACCUCAUGUCCAAACUCCCUUUAUCCAUUUCAUUGGCAGUCUCGACAGCGUAGUUGAGGAGGCGAGGACACAGGGACUGGUUGAUGCUACUGGAGGGGAAGGAAAGACGCAGGUCAUCAUGCAUCCUGGUGGCCAUUUUGUGCCGAGUGGAAAGCAGUACCUCGAUACUAUCGCCGCUUUUAUCAGGGAGAAAAUGUCAUCGCAAACUGUGGACACAGAUCAGGACGAAAAAGUAGAGGAUAUGGAUGUGCCAUUCUGAGUCAGAUCUUGUGUACCACCUCAUAUAUGCCAGACGUUCAUAGAUGAUACCCCCAUAGACAAGAUCUAGACUUAAGAGGCCCUGGGAAAUGGAUGUGUUCAAAGAUGACUCUUUG